CGCAAAACAGCAGUUCCACAGCGAUGGCCACAAGUGUCCCGACUGAACCCGGACUAAACUCACUGUGGCUGAGCGCGGAGCUGAGAGCACCGGGGGACACUUCACCGCAUCUGUGUGAAUAAAACAUUCCCAGAGCUUUGGACUAUAAAGGAGUAGCUGCUUCGUGCUUAAAGCCACUCAACUUGCUGUCUGUAAAGUGGAUGACAGAUCACAGAAAGAUCAUCCUCCGCUGGCGUGCUAUGGCCUCUGUAUCGAGCAGUGCUUCGGAUCACCUGGGCAGACCUCAGUAAACUCCGGGCUGGUUUGAGCUGCUGGGAUGAUCACCUCCCAUAUGAACGGUUAUGUGCAAGAGGCCUCUGGUCAGGCCAUGAGCCACAGGGAGAGGGCCGUGGACUGUCCGGCGGAGGAGAGCAGCAUCGUCAAAUCUCCCCGCUGCAGCGCCCACAUGGAGAGGAUCCAGCACUACCAGGAGGAGCUGAGGAAGAGGAGGGAGGAGGAAAGCAGGGGGAAGCAUGAGAUCGACCCCAACGCUUCACUACGGCUCAAGAAGCUGGCACAGAACCCCAAGGUGGGCAUAGACAAUCCCACCUUCGAGGGGAAGGAACAAGCCACCAAAGACACAUGCUUCCUGGAUCCUUUAGCCGAAGUGGCGGAGGUGCUGCAGGCUCUGAAGUGGGCGCAGCACUGCCUGCACGACGCGCAGAGCCAGCAGGAUGUGGAGCUGAUAAUGCAGCUCGUUGUCAAGGAGGACUUCAGGAAUGCCUUCACCAUCUACAGCGCUGUGUCCCAGCAGAUGGCCAUGGUCAGCCCCACCUCGCCCCUCACAGCGCAGGCAGAGGAUCUCUGCAUGGAGGUCCAGAGGAUUCUCCAGGCCAGCCAUCAGAGGGAAGGCUUGGAGCUCAAGGCUCUGCUCACCAAUCCUCAUCUCCAGGCCCUGAUGCAGGCUCAUGACACGGUGGCAGGGCAGGAGAUAGCCGAGGAAAGUGCGGCCCAGUACCUCGGAGAGACGGUCAAACUGGUGCGUCUGCAGAAGGCCCGCGACACCCCACUGAAAAAGCCUCUCCUCUCAGCCUCCACCAUGCUUCACCACGCACAUUUAUCAUAUGGGUGUGUCAGUGUCAGAGGACCCACAAACCAACAGAGCAGCAAAAUGCCUGUCACUGGUGCAACGGUGCGUAACGACAUGGACAGUGUGUUGGUGAGUCGGGUGGUGAAAGGUGGAGCGGCGGAGAAGAGCGGCCUCCUCAGUGAAGGAGACGAGAUCCUGGAGAUCAACGGCAUAUCUAUCCGCGGGAAACACGUCAACGAAGUCCACGACCUCCUGCAACAAAUGCAAGGCACUCUGACCUUCCUCCUCAUCCCGAGCUCUCAGAUUAAACCUGCCGCUCACAGACAGACUGUGAUGCACGUACGAGCCUACUUUGACUACGACCCCUCCGACGACCCCUUCGUGCCGUGUCGGGAGCUCGGCCUGUCCUUCCAGAAGGGGGACAUCCUCCACGUCAUCAGCCAGGACGACCCCAACUGGUGGCAAGCCUACAGGGACGGAGACGAGGACAACCAGCCGCUUGCUGGACUGAUUCCAGGGAAGAGCUUCCAGCAGCAGAGAGAGACCUUGAAGAGAACUAUAACUGACAGGAGUCGUGAGCAGCAGGGGAAAAUUUGGUAUGCAAAGAAAGGCAGGAGACAGAGGAAGAAGCCUGUGUCUACGCUGAGCAGAAAUGCUGACUAUGAGGACAUCCCGACCUAUGAGGAGAUGUCGCUCUAUCACCAGCCCGCUAACCGUAAACGCCCCAUCGCUCUGAUCGGGCCGACCAACAGCGGCCAUGACGAGCUGCGGCGGAGGCUUCUGUCCAUCGAACCGGAGAAGUUCGCUGUUGCCGUCCCAUACACAACCAGAAACAUAAGGAUACAUGAGCGGAACGGGCGGGAGUACCAUUUUGUGAGUCGGCCUGCCUUUGAGACCGACUUGGCGGCGGGGAAGUUCAUUGAGUCGGGAGAUUUUGGGAAGAAUCUCUACGGCACCAGCACCGACUCAGUGCGACACGUCGUCAACUCUGGACGCAUCUGUCUGCUCUGCCUCCACACCAGGUCACUGCAGAUAUUGAGGACGUCCAACCUCAAGCCAUAUGUCCUCUUCAUCGCCCCUCCUUCUCAGGAACGAUUACGCACCCUGCUGGCCACAGAGGGGAAAACACCAAAGCCUGACGAUCUGAAGGAGAUCAUUGAAAAGGCCCGCGAGAUGGAGCUCGACUUCGGCCACUUCUUCGAUGCGACCAUCGUGAACAUGGAUCCGGAUCAGGCUUUCUACGAGCUGCGCAGGCUGAUAGAGAAGUUGGACACUGAGCCGCAGUGGGUGCCCACCUCCUGGCUGUGCUAGAGGUCACAGGGGUCACAGGGGUCACUGCAAGGAGCCUCAGGGCAGCAGGAGGUUCAACAGAAGAGCAAUAAUGAAUGUUCCUGGAGAGGAUGGACAGUGCUGGUUGUCGCUGGAUUUUCACGUGUUGCAGGGAUGGACUCAAGUUUCUUACAUUUCUUUAUGUUUGUGUGUUUGUGUGUCUCUGUUGGUGAUUUUUAUUUGUUUAUUAUUGAUCUCAGUUUAUGCAAAGUCAAUUAUGAAACACAUAGAAAUGUUUCCAUCCUAUUCUUAAUAGUAAUUUAUAAUUGUAAAUAUAUAUUUUCUAGACAAAAAGAGAAAAUAUUUUAUUGUUACAUUUUGAUUGUGUGUUAUACCAAAUGGUUCGCUCAGCUGUGAGAGCGUUACUGUCACAAUUAUAAAAAUGGCUUCCAGAUAAAGCGGUUAACCAAAAGCUGUUUAGGUACCAAACAGAAGAGAAGCAGCUGUGCUUAAAGGUGGGGUAGGUCAUUUUGGAGAAACCAGAUCGAGUGCGCUAGAAUAUACACAGUCGGAAAAAA